GCAGAUCUUUCAAAGAUGGGAAAUUCCAAUGAUUCUUUCCGUUUUGUCGAGCCCUGCUUUGGUCUCUGGUUUGAUGGUUGUACGUGCUAAAAAUCCGGUACAUUCCGUUUUGUUUCCCAUCCUAGUCUUUUGCGACACUUCUGGUUUACUUAUUUUGUUAGGUCUCGACUUCUCCGCUAUGAUCUUCCCAGUAGUUCAUAUAGGAGCUAUUGCCGUUUCAUUCCUAUUCGUGGUUAUGAUGUUCAAUAUUCAAAUAGCGGAGAUUCACGAAGAAGUAUUGCGCUAUUUACCAGUGAGUGGUAUUAUUGGACUGAUCUUUUGGUGGGAAAUGUUCUUCAUUUUAGAUAAUGAAACCAUUCCAUUACUACCAACCCACAGAAAUACGACCUCUCUGAAAUAUACGGUUUAUGCCGGAAAGGUACGAAGUUGGACUAAUUUGGAAACAUUGGGCAAUUUACUUUAUACCUACUAUUCCGUCUGGUUUUUGGUUUCUAGUCUGAUUUUAUUAGUAGCUAUGAUUGGGGCUAUAGUACUUACUAUGCAUAGGACUACAAAGGUGAAAAGACAGGAUGUAUUCCGACGAAAUGCCUUGGAUUCUAGGAGGACUACUAUUCAUAUUCAGAACAGAAGGUUCUUCUCCCACAAAGGGGAUGACGCACCUGUCCCCCCCGCUGAUCCGGAAUCCAUUUAAUCUGAUUUGGCAGAGAGAAUAGAAAGGAUUUAUAGGCGGGCCGGGGAGGAGCAAUCUUUAGUAGAAGCCGGGACUACGCCAAGGGAACUUGUAGAUAACGUCCUGCCAGAGGGGGCGGAGCUACCGCUUCUACAAGAAACCUGGGUUCAGUUUGUACGGGACGAGUCACACAGCGAGUUUUGGGUAGAGAUCGAUUCGAUAAUCUGCUAAGGAAAUAUGGGCACGCGGCGCGCGGUGAGCCCGACACCCCCGAUCCCGAUGCUCGAGCCUGAUGCCCCUCAAUCAGGAGGAGGCGACUCAGCGGGGAGCACGGGGGAAGAAAAUUGUCCGGGGGCGGGGAAGGAAAGUAGGAACCUCCGAAGGCCCGCCCGAGUCAAGGAAGCGCAAAAGUUAUUCUGAUUCUGAUUCCGGGGGGGAUGAUGGGAGUGACCCUGCUCCGGAUCCUUCUCCUUUCUUUUGAUUUUGACUAAAAUGAGAGGUGGAGAAAUUGAGUUCUUUUGAGCAGCGUUGUCUGUAGUAGAGUAGCUUUUUUUUUUUUCUUUUACAGAAAGAAGGCGAGGCCCACCUGCCUUCUCUAGGUACUUUACUUGGAAAGGUGUCACCGCCUUCCUUCUUCUCUAGGUACUUUACUUGGAAAGGUAGGUGCGGGAAAGAAGAGCGGGUAUGUGGGCUUCUUUCAAUCGAAACUUUUUUGAAGCCGUCAAACUUUAUCGUUUCAUUAUAGAUGGAUCUAAAACAUUGCGUUGCAGAGUGGAGGCGUGAAGAAGGUUAAGAGAAGCAAGCCAAAGGAAAGAAAAAGCAACUUGAUACAAUAUUGAAGAUAAACACUCAGGAAAGCACUGGGUCAACUGACUCCACUAGCCAGCUUCUGCUUCAGAACUUACUUCAAAGAGGCUGACUUAGCACUUAGCAUAAUGCUUUUGUUCCGGUGCAUAAAAGUAAGUGAGCAGGUGGGUGAGUCCAAAGGUUUUUCCGAAGCGCGAAGGACUUGCAGUUCUAAAAUAGGAAGGGCUCUGUACUCAAAUCAAAGCAAAGUAGUAGUUUCAUAGGUCGUUGUGCUAGAGCUAAGAUUUAUAUGAAAGUGUGAGGGGAAGCCAUUUCCAGCUUCUACUUUCUGCGAACCGGGCUCAUUACCGGCCUACAGUAGCAUUCUACUGUGAGCUUUCUCACUGCGGAUCGCCUUGAUUCACUGAUCGUUGACAGCUACUCAGGAGAGGUUAUCCUUUGCCAGACUUUGUGUUGAGAUGAGUUCUCCGCUUCCCGAAAAGAUGAUUUUUGUCAAUCAGCGUAGAGUGGUGGAUUAUAAAGUGGUACAGUCCGAAUGGGUUGGUUCAAGCUAGCUGUUCUUACUGAACAGGUGUUUUAGCAUUCUUUUCGAAUUCGAAGUUGCGGGGUGCUUUGGCUUUUCAAAGUUCUCAAAGAGAAUAAAGUAAAGGCGCUACGCGUGGAUCGAAUUAAAGUAACGUAAGGUUUCGUAAGAAACAAUUGAAUAAGCGUAUCAAAGAGAAUGAGGUCUAGCACUCCGAAAUACCAUUGAGAAAGAGCAAUAGAACAAGGUUAGAAUAAGAUCUCCAAAAUGGUUGAUGACUCCCACAACUUGUCAGGCUGCAUUCCCGUGAAAUUGUUUUGGGACAAUUCCAGUUUUACUAUCUAUGCGGUAGCUCAGCCAAGUAAUCUGGUAUCUCACCAUUAAGACGGUUACCUAGCAAGUUCAGCUCUGUGAGGUUCUUGCAUCCUUUAAAUGAAUGUCUCUAGAAUACUCCCAGUCAGAUUGUUAUUGUGCAAUAUGAGUGACUGCAGAGAGUUGGCUUGACAUAUCUCGGCUGGGAUAGAAUAGAACCUGAGAGCUGGUUGGUUUCUGCAGAGAAACUAACAAGAUGCUGCAAUGGCAGCGCUGGCAGAGGCCCACGGAACAUGUUUUCUGCAAGAGAUAUGGAUCGAACACUCGCCCUGUUCCGUAUCCAAUCUGGAAUAUGACCCGUAAGUUUGUUCCCUUCAACGAAAAUUGUGGCAAUAGCUUCUAAAUCUGCAAGUUCUUCAGGGAUAGAGCCUGUGAAGGCAUUGAAGGGACGGACAGAUUUUUGAGCGUAAGCUUCUUGCAGUUACUAAGCUCUUUUGGUAUGCUCCCACUGAGCCCAGCACCUUUGCAAACAGCCGAGUUAGAUUGCCCAGCUCACCGACAGAUGUUGGCAGUUCAGCAUUGAAGUAGUUCUCUGAUAUAUAAAGUUCCUUCUUUUGAGACCACCAAUUGACCAAGGGAUGGUGCCUGUGAACUUGCAUCCGGGGAGUUGAAGAACUUUUAGCAGCUUCAGGUUACCAAUCUCUUCUGGAAUGCUUCCACUAAGACCAUUCUGUCUCUAAAUUAGCAAUUCCUUAUUUUCCAGUUGACCAAUCUCCCUAGGUAUUGGCCCCACCAAACUGUUUGAUGAGAGAUCAAGUGUCAACUGGUUCACCAACGCAGUUAUUCCCGGGAAUAUUUAUCCCGUGAGGUUAUUCUGGCUUGCAUCAAGGUGCUAGAGCCGAGACUGGUUACCAAAAGCAGCUGGUAUCGACCCGUUGAAUGUGUUCAUGUGAAGGUCCAGGAUAUCCUCGAGGAUGAAGGCCAGAUCACGCCCAAUUCGAUCCUUGAAAGACCCAUUGCACUACAGCGGCAGCUCGGGCUCGAGCAACGGCGGGAGAUAAGUCUUCUCUUCAUUCAGCAUUCAGUCUAUCUUCGGAAAGCAGCAAUAAUUGAUGCACGCAGACGAUGGUUAAAUGCUUUCUUGAUUUACUACUAAUAGGUGGUGUCUAGACGCUAGGAAAAAGUGAGGAUUAUAGCUUCUGCCCCAUAGACCAUUCGGAAAGGAGUCUGUCCCUUCGGUCUUAUAUGUUAGUAUAGGUUGGUUCUUCCGAAUGCACAUAAGACCACUGGUCACCCUCAAUCCUUAGCAUUGAACUUGACUGAUUUGGCUAAGAUCUGGGGAACUAGAGCAGUCCCCAGAGGGCACUACACAAGGCAGGAGAGGCAAUAGCGAAGCGAAGCCCUAGUUCAAUCGAGGAUGGAUUCAUUGAGUGGGCGAGGAAGAUGAUUGGUAUGGGAAGAUCGGUCUUUCACUAAUGGAGCAUCUCCACCCUAGCCUUGAAGUUGAACAUCCGGGGAUAUCUAAAUAUUGAACCAGUGAUUAAAAAGAAUGGCAAGACUGCGGUUGAAGUCCCAGCUGGAAAUCCAAAUUGCUCGAACACAAAAAAUCUAGACAAAGGAAAGAAACCUGGUUUGCAUAUUUUCGUAUAUGCCCAACUAAUCUAUCGCAUAGGAAGAUCGCCCCUGUAAGUUUAUUUCACACAUUAUGUUACUUUGUUUAUGGUGUGGAAAUAAAUAUCAAUAUUCUAACUUGCCGCUUUCUAUGGAUGCAUCCUCUACUCUAGUGCUUACCUGUCCUACUUUCUUUAAUUCAUUCCUAUUUCCUCUCCUGUACUUAUAUUUAUCUUGCCUGCGGCAGUUUUGUAAUCAAUUUCUACUAGGGAUAGGGAGCGUGAACUUUCUCUCAUCCAGUGAAUGAGUUACCUGAAGAUCGAUGGCAUAUAAAACGCCCUAAUUCAAUAUAAAAUCUGUUAUUUCACUUUCAAAAUGCCCCGUUCGCACUUGCUUGAGUGAGGCGCAAGCCGUUUUCUUGCUAGGCAAGAUAGGUCAACGGAUAGCUUGUUGGUUGAUACGGGACCCCUUCUCAACUUCAUGUGUUUUGUAACUGCCAUAAAGCAAGGCCAUAGUCCAACAUUCCAUCCUUUUCCACCGCUGUAUUGGCUUCUGCUUCUCUUCCUUUUGCCGAGGAAGAUCUGCUUCUCUUGCAUCCUCCAGUCUUAAAUUCCUAUCCGUACUAGACUAGACCUUCCCUUAGCCAUCAACCUACCGAACCCAGGAAUGAGAUCCACAAGGAAAGAGAUUGGCAGAAAUCCAGAAAGAAUGAUGCACAAGAAAUGGUUAGAACCUCGAGAAUAGAUGCGAAUAGCAGCUCAGAUCAGAUCCGAGAUGGAGCAGCAAUAAAGCAAAGAGGAGCAGAAAGGUUCGAAUCGAAUCGCAAGCAGCUGACUAGAGAGAGAUGAGUUGAGAAAUAAAGACUAUCCAAAUAUUGGAUAAGUUGUUUCGUAAUUCAUCUUUGUCAUUGACUUCGGCCUCUCAUUUAUCCUUAUUUGGUAGCUGAGAAGUGAAGCACAACAAAGUUUUAAUAGAUCUCUUCCUGUCAUUCAAUAACCAUCCUUUAUUUUUGCAGUAUAGAGAAGUGAUUAGCCGGUGCCCAGGAUAAGGUAGUGGAACUGGUGCGUAUCAGGUUUGGCAUUAGCUCUUUUGAAUAAUAGAGCUGAGCAGCUAAGAACAGAUAGCAAUCUGGAACAGCUCUGAAAUGCAAAUAAAAUGAUGAUUGGUCCUAGCUUAUGGGUUGCGAUAAGACAGUUUCGAAGGUUCUAGCCAUCUCAAGGAAGUAUAUAAGUAGCUAUCGGCACCUUUUGAAGAAGGAGGCUCGGUAGCAGAGAUGUUGAGUAAAGUCUAGAUGACACGAACCCUAGCAGAUCUGCUAUAGCAAAGUGGUAAGUUACCAGCGGUGUCGAUAGAAUAGAAGAGAAGCAUCAGAGCGAGCGUUAUAGAUCAGUCAGCAUUAGCGACAUCAAUUCUGCUACAGUUUUGUUAAAGAAAGGUGAAUACAUUCUAAAAAGUCUAAAACUCAUCUUAUUUCUUAAAGAGCAUAUAACAACAAACGAUUUCACUUACAAGGGGGUGCAGCUGCAGGAACUGGGUGCUGUGCCGCCCGCUGCCUACUUAAUGUUUCGCUUGCCUUCUACACUUCUGCAAUGGGAGUCACCACAUGAGAUGCUAUUUUUCACCUUUCGCUAUUAUUCGCUCUUGCGUGUCUUUGGAGCCCGAUCUUUCCCUUGCUUACGCCCCUAGAAACUCCGUGAAAAAACCACCUCGUUUUUCCAUAAAUAAAGGAUUCCUAAUAAAGUUUUUACAUAUCAUAUCCCAGCGGUAUUUUUUUAAUAAUUUUUGCAUAAAUAAAGUAUAAUUUCCACAAAAUAACACUUUUAGGCGCCCACUUGAAAUUCAACUUAACGUUGGACGUUGACCAGGCCCUCUCUAUUGCCAGAAUUGGGGACUGGCUCUUCUCCACAACUAGAAAACACAGAACUGCCAGAGGUUUGGUCAUAACCAGCACGCACCCUCGCCAAUUUCGUUCUAAGCUCAAUCCAAGAUUGUGAUCGGGUUGCCUUUCGAUAUAACUUGGUUCAAGCUUGGAUCCAGUGGAUAGAUACUUUAAACGAUGGUAGGAACGGGAGCUACCCUGGAUCACUUGAGGAAGUAAGAACGCAAGUCUCUCAGUUGAAAUUAGAUCGUUCCAGGAUAAUAGCUGAAGCGGCUGAGAACUCCCAAAGAGAAGAGAACCAGCUUAAGGAGCAGGUAUCCGGAGUAUCAGCAAGCUAUAAAUAGCUUUAGGAUUGUAUGAAUAGAGUUGAGGAUCAAGUAUCCCUCAUAUUUAGAUCCCCCGUUGGGAAAAGCCCCUUUUUUAAAUCCUUUCACGCUUUCCCUUUGCCGAAGGCCGGCCUCUUUAGUUCCUACGUUUUCGGAAAAGAAGGUGAGACGCUAGCUAGCAACGGGAAAAAACGAGUAGUUAAAGAUGUGAAUGUAAGACUACUCGAAAGUACUUCCAUUUUUAUUAUAUUAUAUAGUUUCUAAUAGAGAGUACAGUUGUAUCUAUGUGCGAAACGACGAAAGAAAGAUGGAAGGCCCAAAGAGCUCUACAGUAGUGCCCCGGAAUGGGGUCGUAGAGCCGGUAACCCACUCUGUUUAGUAUUUUGAUUUCGUUCAAGGUGUUGCUCUGUCAAAUAGAGAUUGUGUGGGUGUUCAGUCUACCACUCAUGUUCACGUUCUACAAAUCUAAGGGAGUGCUCCUAGACUGGACGACUUCCCGUAAAUAACCUAGUUCAUGUUCCUUUGAAAGAAAUAAAAUGAAAGCUUUUGAAGCGAAGAUGUCAACGCGGUGCUAGGUUUGCGCCGGCCACGAUUAUUUAUAAGUAUAUUGGAAAGAAGAGUGACUAGGCUACGGUCUAACUUUUUCUUCCUAGCGGAGUUCAAUACGAAAAUAAAGGCGCUCCGCGUUGGGAAUGGCGUACGUAGUACGGGUGGUAUUUCCGGUAUAACUGAUCAGGGUUGUUCUGAAAGCAAGUCAAUUGGUGCUUUGGAAAGUGAGUGCCAGAGGCUAGUCACUGCUUGGUUUACAGAAGGGAAGGAAGAAAGAGAUACCGAAGCAGAUUCAGUAUAGAAAAGAAGAAAUUGAUACCAUUCAUUCCAGCUUAUUUGAUACCCACUUAAAGUUUCUAUCAAACCAUGUCUUUUUCUUCGAACGUCAAUCUCGUAGGAAUUUAGAUUGGAAGUGUGGUAUUGAAGGGCGAAGCCUUUACUCUUUUACUUGUUUCUUUGAAUAUAAUAUAACAUAGUAUUGACUACGCACUUCGAAAGAUAAUGGUGUAUUCCGAGGAUCAGUCCGUUUUUUAUUGAAUUCGCAAAUUGAUAGAUCUGGAUGAUUAAAAGAAUGAUUCUUCCCUGGGUAUUUCCCCGCUACCAUUAUGGAAAUUGGAGCUUUUCAAUUCCAUUUUGGAGAUGCUCGUAACGAUUUUUUUCUUUUGGGUGGGCAAGAAAAGGAUUUGACUCUUGAAGAUAUCAACUCAUACGCCUGCUCCAUACAUUAAAAAACAUUUUGGGUACUUUCUAUUAGAAUGGAUAAAUAGAAAUGGGUACAUUCCUCUUUCUCUUUCCUGGCCAAACUACCAAAAAAAAAGAAGAGAGAGAGCUGUAAGAGCGGUAAAAGCAAGCUCGGUGGCCCGGUUCACUACAGGUUGAUGUAUCCUUUUGAAAGAAAAGUCAAUCUCUCUAAAAAAUAAGCACUUCAACAAGUCAGGGCCCUUUUUUAUACAACUCCUAUGCGUAAUUGAUAGCUUUUUGGUAUUCUCCAUAUAUACUACUAGGUACGAAAUAACAGGAAAGAUAGAAAUAGUGACUUUGGCUUCAAAUAGAGAGCAGCUUAAAGGGAAGGAGGACAGCUCUGAAAAAAUAACUGAACACUGGCUAGGAACUGGGCUGCACUAAGCCCGGCACUUUUUGGGCUUCUUCAUGAAUCUCGUUUUCAGGUAAGGUCAGACUUAUUGAAUAUAUAUCUGAAAGAAAGCAAAGGAAUGAAUCGUUUUUCCAAUUACCUUCUCUCGAAAACCAUAGAUCUUCUGGUUACCAUUGACUAUCCGGCACUUUCGUCUGUAGAGCGAAGCAAGAAAUUGCAUGGAAGGGCUUGCCCUGCUAAUAUCAGCCUUGUUUGGAACAAUAGAUGCAAUCCAUUUCAGUGUAUGUCACUGAGUUCACCAUUGCAGUUGAGACGUCAGGCAAUUGAGCGUUCCCUAGAGUUUGGUUCAAAGGCUAAGGACUCCCCGCCGCCUUCAUAAGGGCACUAAGGCGGAGCACGGAAAAGAAAAUGGGGCACCCAUGUUUUACCAGUCCCGGAUCUCAGGGCCGUUUUGCACAUGAACGAAAUCGAAUUUCAUUGCGGGAAAUUUGGAUUUCAUGAGGGAGGAAAAGGCAAGGCGGAGGGUGGAGAGUCGUACAAUGCAUUGGUGGGAUGAAGGUGCUAGCUUGGCUGAGAUAGGAAGUUUCGAUGUGUAUGUAGAUUUGGUUCUAGUGCCCCCACCCUUUUCGAGAUCUGUCAGGAUUUAAAAGAUGUUAUAGUGUAAACUAUAGAGAAAUGGAAUGAAUGAAAUGUAUCUAAGAAGAAAGGAAGCCAUGCUCCAUCCUGUUUAUAAAAAGAACAUCACCUCCCUUCCCUUUUUGGUUAGAUACCGCUCCGUUAGGUACUAAUGCUUCUACCUAUCACCCUCCGGGUGAGUUUGAGAGCUGUGUUUUUUCCAACGUUAAUAGCAUUCCGCGAGAAAAGAGAAAAGUCAUCUACUGAUGUUGUCAGCGGAGUCCCUCGUCCAUCCAUGUAUGAAUAGCGGUAUCCCCCAUUUUGGACAGUGAUGAGGUAGUCGACGCAAUUUGCAUGUGUAUUUGCGUUCGGCUUUGCUACUUUCCUUCUAGACUAUAAAAGAAUGUCCGCGGAAGGGAAUAGUCUACGUGGCCCGGGCCCGGGGUAGUCUUUCAAUUCCUUUAUCGGGUGGGAGAGUUUAGAACCUGUUAAGCCAAUAGCUGCAGCUUUAGUCACACUAGCUACAUCAGUGGAUCAUGGAUUUAGCAUACCACCUCAGAAUAGUCUACGUGGCCCCUACUUUUAUUUUACUACUUUUUUUUCCAGUAAUGCAGACAGCCCUUUUUAAAGCGCUAGGCCGGGCAGUUGGUACGAAAACAGAACCAUUAGUGGAGUAAGAUCCCGAUCAAAGCAGAGCGGUCUAAUCGAAAUAAUCAUAUCUAAGAGCAGGCAGGCACACGACUGGAUAUCAAAGGUGGGGCUCCCCUCCUCUACUCUACUCUACUCUACUAAAUGAAAUGAAAUAGUAUUUGUAUUUGGGUCGUCUUUGUGUUCGAUUCGAAUAGAAGCGCCAUUGUCAUCCGCUGCAGUUCUUCAUAGUCCGUCCUAGUAAGCUGGUAGGUUGGUGGAUGUGAACAUAAACUCCUCAUAUUUCCUACUGUUGCUUCCUGUAUAAAGGAAGAGUUGUCAGACAAUGAUACUCUUUCCAAAUCUGCAAUCUUCGUCGUUGUAAUGCCUCAGUCAUCAAUAGUAGAUAGUUGCUCAACUAUGCAAUAAGGAUUUUCCUCUCCUCACAGAUUGGAGGACUUUCACUUGACUCACUAGUGGGUUUUGCCUCGGGAAACAAGAAUAUGGAUUUGAGCAAGUCUGUUUUCCCAUGGGCCUACUACCUGCUAUUUUCAAAGCGUAGAGGACCCGCCUUUCUGAUCAAAGUAUGCUUCCCUUAUGGGCGAAACCACUGAAUCGGACGGAUCCUUUUUUCUUGGAUUGACCAGGCCAGCUUCUCCACCCAAUUCUUUUCUUACGAGACGAGAUAGGCACAGUGUCAGGGUCAUGUGAUGUGAAUGGUUUGUUUGAUCUGUUUCUUGUCCCUAUGGGUUCGAUUGGCAAUCAGGAUAUCGGUCGCUUGGCACUAGUCGAAUAGGCGAUUCAGUCGUGAUAGUGCCAUCCCUUGCCCCUUGGAGUGAGUUGAAAGCACUCUUCCAGCUCUUGAUUCGCGGAAUUCAUUACGAAGCAAGAUUUCAUUUCAUUUCCAUUUACGUCAUUAGCAAAACAAGCAAGAUUCACCUCAGGAUACGACGAAUUCUGGAACACUUCCUUGAUUGAUAUAUGCAUUUUCUAGAGCAGGCACCAUUGACUGCUUCUUCAACGUCUAUACUAUACGAGACGAGACGAGUUAUUGUACGAGUCAAGCUUGCUCCAGACCAAGCUCACUUUACACGGGCUUAGAACUCAACCUGACCCAACAAGAAAACGGAUAGACGCAGCGCAACGGCUUGAUAGCCUGACUCAGCAAGAGGCGAGGAUGCACGUGACUAACUAAAACAGCUUUCGCGCUAUCAACUUCUUUGAUCGAACCUGGCCUGGCGAUUGAAGCAUUCGAGAUAUAGAAGAAACUGCCCAAGUCAACCGGAUAUUCCAAAGCAAGGGUUAUGAAUCAAAAGAGAAGUGCCAGCUGGAUCUCUGGUUCAAAGUUCAGGGCAUGGAAUUGAUUCGUAUGCUCGUUCUCUCGCUGAGCAGAACCAUCUCUGUCUGAGAAGACCCAGUCUCCCAGUGUUUCUAGAAAAGGAAAUCCCAUUCGUCAACCUAAAUGGAAGGGCAGGUAAGGGAAGGCCAGCAGGAAAUUCAGUAAGUAAGGUAUCUCAGUGCCAGUGCUCUCCGGUUUCAAGUUGAUGCGGGCAGUCGUGGGGACAGGCAAAGCUGGGAUGCCUUACUAGCAGGAAUGAAAAGGUAUGUAUGAACCAACAAAGGUCAAGUAGACGAACACAUAUCCACUCCACUAGAGAAAGCGUCGAACCAGGGAAGAAUGAAUGGUUAGAACCAGUCAAGGGUGCCGUACUCAUGCCUACGGGGAAAGAGACUGAUCCGUAUCUGAUACGCCUUCACUUCUUUCGAGCUUCUUAUUCGAUUUCUUAAAUGACUUCUUCGGGCCUUACCCUAGACUACCUUCACUUAACUUAAUGCAGAAGCCAGAGUUCGAGGAAAGCGGUAGUUGGUUAUUUCGGGAUGAAUUUCUAUUUCUAAAAUGUGGAUGAACAUAAAUGGACGGAAACGAGAAAAAUGCAUAAUUCAUAUAAGUUCAUUCGAAAGAAUGAGGAUUCAUGAUGUCUCUUCCCAACCAUUCUUCCUGAGGAAGGCACCUCCGAUCGAGUCCUUAGCGCCAUGGAUAUUCUUCGCAGUGCCUUUGGAUGCUUCUCAGAAACCGCCUCUUUCCACUGGCUAUAUGAAAUUCCAAAUGAGACUUCCCUGCGUCGCCAAAGGAAUGGGAAACUUCUUGGUUCGAAACCUUUGAUCCUAUGCCGCCUGUCUGAAAAUAAAUAUAAGCAAGGCACCUAUGACUACGAAUCCGAAGGCCAAGCAUGCGGAUUUGACAUGGUUUCCCACUUUUCUCAGAGUCACUGGGCAAUAGAAAAGUAUACAAGCACAUUUCCAAUCUACAUAAAGAUACCAACCAGGUAUCUACUUCAAAGACAGGGCGUCGGCGAUCCUCUACUAUUAAGAGACAGAUAACAAUGGUGCCGACAGAGAUGGACAGAACUGCAGAGAAUACCUCUCCGGAGAAGUCCUUACAUGUCUCAAACUAAAUAAAUCCAACCAAUAGUGAAACUGAAACAAAAAACACGUCUCUUACACACGAGAGACACUGUUGAGUCUCUCUAUACUAUUUUCAGUAUAGAGUCGGGGUACACUCAACAAAGAAAAAUCCCGAACAAGAACAAAGAAUGGAAGAUAUUAUGAGCACGAUUCGCAUAUUGUUGCCCUUGCGUAAGCAGAUUACCGGAUAUUUUGACAAACCGAGCCUUUCUCUUAAUCGAGAUUCUACUAAUGAGUUCUUAAGCACCUUUCUAAAAACUUACAUCGAGGAUAUUCAUGAUUUCCAUUUCAUCGAUGAAGAUCCUAUAGAUCGGGGAGAAUCCUCUUUAUCAUUAGACAAUAAGAAUACAACUUAUUACGAGGCUGAUGCAAGUGAUGAAGAAAUGGAUAUAACAGAUGGGAUAGAGGGAAUCAUAGGGGGUACUAAUCGAGGCCACAACGGUGGUGGCGACGGUGAAGCUCUAUUCAUUCAAAUAAGCAGGUUACUUAUGAAAUAUAUAAAGUAUUAUAUACUCAACAUAACACAUACCUAUGAUGCCAUGCCUUGGUGGGUAAGCGGGAUACCAUGGUGGAUGGCUGAGAGUAUCCUCACACUCUUAUCGUUAGUAUGUAUACAUUCUAUACUUCAAUUUAAUCCUCUUAUCUAUAAGGGCAAUCGAUGUGAUAUUAUUUAUAAGGUGCCGGAUAUUACAUUAAUAGGAAUAACCAACCAUAUAACAAAGGAACCAAUUAAACAGCUACAAUGGCUCUAUUCUCUGACACCUGAUAACUAUCCUACUAAAUGGAUCUAUAGACUAAGAAAUCUCUUUAGUUAUGAUGAGAAUAUUCCAUAUAGGAUAGGAUUUCUAAGAAUAAAGUGUUCUUUAGGCUUACGGAGUAUAAAAGGCUUAGUAUUAAGUGAUUCUGUAUUAUAUCAAUAUGCCCAUUUGGGAGCUGGCCUCAAAUCUCUCAUUCCGCAAUCUAGAGUAGCCAUUUUCAUGCAAGUUGCAACUCGUCAUUUUGAUGAAAGGCAUCGUAAGUAUCUCUACGGUUUCUUUAAUAUACUUGUGUAUUCUGGCGUAGGAUUAGUUGUUUGGUACUAUAUCACACCACACCUUAUACCUGAUUUAGGAUUCUUCCGCGGGGUAAACCUAGAUUCUUUUAAGGACCCAGCUUCGGUUGUUGAUGGGUACAAGAGGGUUUCGUACAUAUUUACAAAAGACGUCGUUAAGACUGUGUUAAGAACUUGUCGAAAUGAUACUUUUUUUCACAAUUUACUAAAUGAGGAAUCAAUCCAAUUUUUUGAUAACGAAAUUAUCAGCAUAACCGAUUUGAAUUCAAACAGACACCUUAAUCUAGAUCACUUCGAGGAGGUUGAAGCUAACAAGCUAGAUCUAGUAGCGUGUAUUGCAGUAGGUAUUAUGAGUGCUACCUUUAUAGCUACCAAUCUUCUUCCUCCUGGUACUACUACGAUAGUCCAAUGAAUAAGGAGAAGGUCGUUAUUUGUCAGUAUUGAGCCUGAUAGCAUAAUUCAGUACCCGUGAUGAUGGGCUCUAGCAAGGAGGAAGGGAAGCAUCCUCUUCAAUAGCUUGAAAUCAACUACAGAGUGUUGAGUAUCAAAUUACGUAUUCUAUUUAUUCAGAAAUCGCACAGGGGAAGCUCCUGAAUUCAUUAGUUGAGUAUGUGAUCUCAUAGUAAGAAGUGAUCACAAACGGUGAUGGAUGCCGAGAGUAUGUUGAUGGGGUGAAUCUGUAGAACAAUACUACAGUAGAGAUUGGGUAGCCCCCUCAACUAUAAAAUAAGCAAAUCCUGAAAGGCGAGUAAAAGCACCUACAGUUGUAUCUGUCUAAGCUAUUAUAAGCUUAGAGAAGGGGGGGAAACCCCCAUCGGGUAGAUGCAACUAUACAAAAUACCCAACACACACAAAAACAAGGGACACACUAUUAUAUCAUGAAAAACACUGUCGAGUCAUUAGAACAGUUGAAUACCACACUUUCUAAUACAGUCAACGAUAUACCAGAAUCAUCUGCAAUGGGUGCCUUAAGCCAUUCGGCUAAUUCGAGUAUUAAUGCAGCUCUUAACAGUACGGAAGAGGUAAAAAGGGGUGAAGAUGUCGCGGGGGAUUCAAUUCAUGCAAAUAUUAGUGAUAUGUUUCAUAUAGGUAACCCAUUCAACCCAUUUCAGUGUUUCAUUGAUAACCACAUGCGUAAAACCAUCUUUGCAAAAAAUCCAUAUGUGCAAUACGCUGUCGAAAGUUCUUAUUACACACCUGCGGUUAAUCGUCUGGUUAAAGGGUUGAGUUUGAAAGAUAUGGAUCCUAUCAUGCGUAUGCACUAUCUUUAUAUGCGCUCGUUGCUCCGUUUAAAAUUGAAAAGAAAGAUUUAUCGUGCAGAUUUCAGUGAAUAUAAGGGGUUGCGGUCUCUCUAUAACAGGGCUACAGAUAAUUUAUAUAGCCACCUACAAAGGGCAUUAGAAAAGUAUGAAAACUUCGGUGUUUCUGCAAAACAUAAAGUAUUGCAAUGUUUAGUACACGUGGUGACAUCACAAUCAGACAACAGUGUUAGGUAUGUCUAUGGGAACAUCUUUGCACUAGUUAGAUUAGGUACUUAUGUAACAGUGUGGUACUGUUAUACUGAGAGCGCACCAGAUUUCAUAUCUGUGGACCCGCACUAUCUUGAUAUAGAAUUGAUUAUUGAUUUAUUCAAAGUUCGUAAAUUAUUCGUAUGGAUUCCAUACGAGGAAGUGAUUAGUACAUCAAUCUUAGAAGCUUAUGAUGCGGUUGUGGAAAGGACGGCUUUAACGGAUUGCUUGGAUAGAAAGUUGAGAGAAGAGGAAUUGUCGGAUAAAUUCGAAUUCUGGGGGAAAUGCUCUGAUGGUGAUCAUACCAUAGAUUCUGUAGAGGAGAAUGCCACUAUAGAAUAUGCUAGCAGUAAAGAAGGUAGUGCCUGUAAAGAGGGGGUGGAUAGUAGCUGUAAAGAAGAAGGUGGUGGCUGUGAAGAAGAAGGUAGUGGGAGUGAAGAAGAUAGUGACGAUAGUGACAAUCCUAGAUACCUGGCAUUCGGUGUGGUUGUCCUUGUAGGUGUGUUAUUAUACGUCUGGUAUUGUUCUAGGUAAUUCUAUAUUUAUUGUGAAAACCAGAAAUAAGAGUUUCAGUUCAUACUUGGCGGUAAAGGGAUAACCUUUUUGUCUUGAGUGGAAAUAGAAUUCCUUUUUGCAAAGCUAGCUCUUAUGGCGCAUUGGUGCACAAUCGUGCACUGCUUCUUCCUCAUAAAAGAACCCGGCUUUCCUUCCUAUAUGUUUAGGAUAAAAACCUUAUCCAUUAAGAGAUGGAACUUCAAGAGCUGCUAGGUCUAGAGGGAAGUUGUGAGCAUUACGUUCGUGCAUUACCUCCAUACCAAGAUUAGCACGGUUGAUGAUAUCAGCCCAAGUAUUAAUAACGCGACCUUGGCUAUCAACUACAGAUUGGUUGAAAUUGAAACCAUUUAGGUUGAAUGCCAUAGUACUAAUACCUAAAGCAGUGAUCCAGAUCCGGCCAAGCAGCCAAUCAGUCGUGUAAAGAACGAGAGUUGUGGAAAGAAACUAGCCUAGCGUAUUGGAUGGAAGAUUCGAUUCAUCGACCUAAAGAACCGUGCCGGGGGUGCCGUGAGCAGCCACACCUACUACUUGACUCUUCCUCUUGACCGAAUGGCGAACCCAGAUUCUUCAUUUAUCACCGCAAACGAACAAUUUAUUUGCGUAGUAAAUAGAGUAAGGAUCAAAGAGUAUACCACUAAACAAGACCCUUAUAGAGCAGAGAGAGAGACAAAGGACAUAACAAGACCCUUAUAGAAAGUCAAAAAGAUAAUCAAAGGCAUUCCCUGGUUUACUAACCCUUAUAGAGUACAUGAGCCAAAGCACAAUCCAUCCCUUCCAAUCAGACAAGAAGGAAUCCGAUGUAUUGAUCUUCGUCUGUACUGUGCUGUACAAGACAAUUACCAAAGAUCACAACUAAUGAUCUGUUUGACACAAGACAUGACAUGACCUGGCGGAUCAUAUACAGAAAUGGGUUUAGCCUUCUCCUUGGCUUGACUCUUGUAAGUGAAAGGUUGGAUCAUAUCUGGUUUCCGGGAAGGUGCCUCGCUAUUCCUCUGUUUUGUAGCUGACUAGUAAAGGUGGCCUAGCCUGCACAGGUUCGUUGGUUUCAGCUUGUGCUUUACUUGAGUGGUUUCGGGCUCUGUUUGGUAUUAGCUUGAGAAGCGGUUGUAAUUGUUCAUUCAUAUCUUGUUUCAGCAAUGGUCUAUACUAUAGAGCUCGGGAAUGCAUUCCAUGCCUAUUCUUCAAUAUGAGAAGGGGUGUCUCCCCCUCUUAGAGGCUUUCCUCUUAGCUUAGAGGCUUUCCUCUUUUUAGCAGCAUCAGCUUGAAUCUCCCGAUUAGCAAUCAUGAUUUCCGAAUUAGAAAAUUCAUUUCGGAGAUCUUCAUUCUCCUCUAACAAAUUCAUAAUUAUCCGAUAGGAGGUCGGAUUGAUACUUUUCACAUCAAAGUCACCUAUAUGGCAGGGCUUAGUAUCAACCCAUACUCCAUUUUUGUCGAACACAUACUCCCUCUUUUUACUUUCUAACCCCAUGGUAUACUUACACAUUUUCUCUUGAACCAACAGUUCACGGAAGUUUCUACUGAACUUUCGGACAUAUGAAAUCACUUUUUUAGCCCUAGGGUCAGCUAGCUGGUUGAUGAACCAUUCUUCAUCAGCCUCAUCUUUACCCGCUCCUUUAAACUUUAUUAUGGGUUGGUCCACACUAGAUGCCUUAAGCAUAUAGGACUUAGGUGCUAAAAAGAUGCCAUAUUCGACAAAGUGCUCAUGCUUAAACUUACCCAAAGCGGUAGGUGAUACCUCUUCUUCAGGAAGUUCCCUCUCAACAACGACUGAGUCCGUAUCCGUGUAAUAGCAGUCAUCCCUCGAAAUGAAUGGGUGCAUUCUUAUGCGGGCAUAACCCGUGACAGCGGCCGAUAUUUGAACAGCAGCAUAAGUAGGGCGGUCUGAACUAAGCUUCAGUAAAUCCAAACUUCUGACAUUUUUGCAUGUUACUAGGCACUUGUCUGAACUAAGCUCAUAACUUUGAACAAACCCAUCAUUAUAGAGAGCUAAUUUUCUACUUUCUUCUGUAGAAACAAUUUGAGUCGUUGUGCUUUCGGGGCUGAUCCCGAACCUCCCGUAGAGACUGUUCAUGGUGAUUUUAUAGAUGAAAUCCAGAGCUUUCUCCCCUUUAGCCUUAGCAUCAAGCCUUUUGCUGUAGAUGUCGUACACAAAACGCUUGAAUGGUGAUUCCUUUCUAUCAAAGAUAUAUCCACAGAUCGGGUAUACUUUGUAGCCCAAACUUACUGCAUACUUAAGCUCCUCAGAAAAAUAAACACCGAGAAAUCUCCCCGUGGGGAAGAUUAUCGUACCAUCAUCCUUUUUAUAAGGUAGAAGAGGCUUUUUAAUAUGCUUAGGACAAAUUAUAAAAGCUCUAAUGAACCCAAACAUAUCAUUCAACACAAUCUUUGAUUUCUUUGAUCCUAGAUCACUAACCCAGCGGGUCUUGCCUAUAGGCAUAUCAUCUAGCAUAGAUGAGGGGUAUAGAGAAUUUACAUCAUAAUAAUACAAAUUCUCCCCGUAUGGCUUAUACACGUCCGUGUGACCACCGUAGUAGCCUUCCCUAAUAAAUUGAGCCUCAUUAUCGUCAGGAAUGUAGAUGCGAUUAUCAUCAUCAUCCUUAUAGUAAACACGUCUAAAUAUUUUUAGGGCCAAUGCUGAUAUUGUUAAUACUUUCAGGAUAUCAAUCCCAUACUCUUCCCAAAUAAUGGCUUUAGCGCGUUGCAUAACAGCAGCUGUUAUUAGAAUAUCUUGUUUAAGAUAAGUUAAAGAGUCUUCCCUAAUACUAGGUAGUUUAUCAACGGUGACAUUCUGGUGAUCGAAAGAUCCCUUCCCCCCCAAUUCUGGGCAAAAACUAUUGGCUAGAUCAGCGAGCUUUACUUUCAACAGGAGGUACGAAUCCAUGAACGUUAAAACAAGCCUUUUAUCCCCAUUUUUGGAUACCUUAUACAGUUUUAUGGAAUAAAUACAGUCGUUUCUCAUGAUGGGCUCUAUAUGACAGUUUUUAUAACUUUUAGUUAAAAAAGAGAGUAUCAUAAUACCGUCGAACUGAGAUAAAUUGUGAAAGUAUACAACCAUUGAACUUCCUCUUCUUUGAACAUCCUUUACUAUUCUAUUAAUCAUCUCUGUGAGCAUCUUUUCACUCAUAUCGUGAAAAUCCUGGCACACUUUUGAGUAGUCAUGUGCAUAGAACGUCGUAAUAUGCUCCGCGUUAACCCGCUUUUCCAUAUCAACCAUCAUAUACCCCCCUGCGUAGGGCACGUGAGUUUUGUCGACAUCCGUGUCUCGUCUUUUUAAUAAAAGAGUUUCUAGAUCAGCAACAAAAAAUAGAGUUUUGUUUUUCAUUUCUGUUUUAUCGACAGGGAUAUAUGACUGAUAGCGUCUUUUUGAACGUCGACCCAUCUUGGGUAUUUCUAAAUUAUUUAUGUCGCUGUAUUUAAUAAGUGCUCCCUUCAGAUAGUUCAAAGAUUCAUCUUUAGUUGGAAUUGAAGCUUGAUUCAAAUCUAUACUACCCUCCCUUUCUGAUUAUUCUAUUUAAUGCAAGAGUAAGGAUAGACGUCUUAUUCUUCAGUGUUGAGAUAGAAUGACUGUAGACCCUCUUCUCUCUUUUAGUUAGCCUUACUUAUUUAUUCCAAUUCCUCAGCUGGAAACAGAACUACCAAAGGGAAGAAGACAGAAGGCAACAAAGGCGCGUAUCAGCUUCAAGCAUAUAGAGAACUUGACUUACUCACCUACUUUAAUGCCUGCUUUUUACUACUUGAAAUUGAAAGCUGGCUUGGCUCUCAGACCAAUUAACUUGACACCUGCUUAGCGCCCUCACUGCUACUUCUCUCAUUAAGCUGCUCUCUCCUUUUAUCAACUUAUGAAAAAACAGCCUAUUGAUCUUCCGUCGCUCGCUAUGGAUGGUUGCAGUUGCCAAAAGGCUACCUUUUCGCACAACACUUAAAUGAGUCACUGACUGGUUUUGACGUACGUAAUACUUAACCUUACAAUCGGCAUUGCCCUUCUUCUUGCAACAGAGGAUUCGUUCUCUACGCCGAAAGGACUAAGAGCUCUUAUUCCGCAGCCUUUAGCACAUAAUGGAAUUGCUCCUUCUAUGCCUCCUCAUCUGUCUCGCCUGCAAAUCCUGCUAACAGCCUAGUCUAUUAGGAAACAGCUGAUUCAAUUGCUAAAACUGCUGUUCGAGAAGGGACUAACGGCACUGAUUUCUAGUGCUAUAACAGAAACUGCCCUUAACGCGCAAAUGAAAGCCCUCACAACACUCUUUACCUGCAACUGCUCCCGCUUAUGGUAGUAGAUAAACAGGUGGUGGACAUGUAUCUGCAGCCUCUGCUGCUGGUAGAUUGACUGUUUUAUAUGGACUGAGGCUGCAACUGAGGGUAGUGCCUGAGAAUGCUACUCUAUUCCUGGAAUUAGCCAUCCCCUUCUUUGACUAUUCGACCUGCUCCUCGAAGCAAGGAAGGGAAUUCAGAUGGCAUUGAAUGCCCUUUCCGCAAGAAGGAUAGGAGUUGGCUUACCGCAUCUACCUUCUGGAUAAGGGCUGGGGCGUUAACUUAAGUACUAAAGCAGCUGGACCCUUCGUUGAUUCCCCACGAAGGAAUCGGAAUAUCGCUACUUCCCCUUACUGUCCUAAGCAGGGGAGAUGGAUUAAAAACCUUGUGUGAAGGAAAGGCUGUAAAUGUCGUUGACCAUUAAUCCGGUUGAAGGACAAAUGGAAUGGAGAGUAAAGGAAAAUAAGGUCAUUCUUCUGUCUAGCUUCUGGUCGGUGCCCCUUCUCCAACUCCGCCAGCCAAGACUCUGUUACUCGAGCAGGAAAGUUUUCCGUGCGUCCUGUGUUCUCCCGGUUCUUACGUCUCUCAAGCCGGUUCACUUGCCUGGUCAUUACUGGACUACCAUACAAGAUUCUAUACUGAGCUGACCUAUCAACCAGACGGACUUGAACAACUGACCUGUCUGCUAUUGUUAUUGCCGGGCUCAGGCGCCAGGGAAGGGAUGAUCAGAGAAGUCAAGUCUUGCCUUGGGUCAGAGUUCCAGUUCUCUCAGAAGAAUCUCCGCUUUCCAAUCCAGGUUUACGGCUUCCAUAGCGUAUGUCAUUGGCCAUUCUUGCUUCAUAGACUGCGGCACCAUUGAUUUAUGGCCCAGAUCACGAAAAAGAGAAGGCCUCAAAAACGGGAUGGAGCCAAUGAGUAGAGUAACUAGCGGUUAGAUUCGUCUUUAUGCUCGUUAUACGUGAACUAAUCUCAUUUGUUACGAAUCAAACUGAUUGACUCCGGUAGAAUGAUCCAGCGAACUCUUCCACACUGGCAUCAAUACUACUACUCCUCGGUGGCAGGCAGCAUGCAUAUUGCAAUUCAUUCACAUCUGCCAUCCAUCUGUCUCUCUCCUCAGCUCUACGCCGCCCUGUCCCUUAAGGAAAGGAAACUAGACUAGAAAUCAGAAGAACCAAAAGAGUGCCGCAGUAUUCUCAUAAGAUCAGAUCAACGCUCAUAUCUCUUGCUCGAGGUUCUAUCUCAUUCCUUGCUGCUAGUGCUAGAUAGAUUCUUUUAUUUGAGGAUCGCAUUCCUUUCCUCUUGCUCGGUCUAGUUGCAGGGUCUAGAUCGCAUUCAUUCACUAAAGUUUGCUUUUUCUACUCACUUCUAUGUGUUCAUCUAUUGACCUGGCCCGAGGCAAUAUUGAGUAGGGCUUUCAUAGGUGAACUUUCCGAACUAGCUUUCCAAGUUGUUUCGUUAUCUUGUGAUGUGCCGGAUCUCUCUUGAAUAGCUCGGUUUCUUGCCUUCCGGUUUCGGUUCUAAGUUGCUGCCCAUUCAUUUCCUACGAAUAAGGAGAUAUGUAAAGCCAGUCAUUCUAUGAAAGAGAACUUGAACUUCCAUGAGGCAAGUAGUUUAUCGAAGGUAUGGAGAAGGGCUUCACUCGCGCCUUGGGGACUGAACUAGAGUACAGAACUAGCACUAGCUUCACUAGAGUAGAGAACUCGCUUCCUCCUUCCUUCUUUUCCAUUCCUAACCUGACUAUUCCAGCUUACUAGUUACCAGCGUGUAUAAUUUCCAGCCCUACGAACACUGAAAGAGAAGGCAUAGAAUCGAUUCUUUGUUGGAUCCACUCGGAGGUUCCUUCUGACCUUGUGUGAACACACAAAAGCUAGCGGCGCACUUUCUUGUCAACCUACCGAACCUCUCCUCUGCUCUGAACCGCACCACCAAAAGUACGGAUAUCCGGAUCUGGUUCCAUACUGGACUGGCUAUAUGAACUCCUCUUAGACAAACAAGGAACUAAACUAUGAUACGUAAGAACCUUAGCCGCCUUACCAACACGCAAGUAAUAUAACUAUAGGUUUAUUAUCUUUGAAACCGGGGAGCCCAUCAUCAUAUUCAAAGAAGGAUGCUUCCCACCUGGCACUACGGAACUAUUGUAUUGAGGAACGGGCCAAUGUCAUAAAAUGCAAUUCCUGCCUAGAAAUGGACUAGACUACGUACGAACUUGGAACCCAGUGGCAGGACAGCUAGAAAAGUCCAAUGGUUCAAAUCCCUGUUCUCGGGGCAAGGCAUCUAUUCUUGAGCUCUUAUGUGAGAAGGGUUUUUCUUGUUGAUACCCACAAGACGACUCCACUUGUUAUGAAAGUCCUCUUUUCAAAGCGAGAUCACUAUAAGGAUAAGGAUAAGGCCGGCGGGCCCUCCCAAGGGUGGGUGGGACCGACGCAAGCGAUAACACUCCGCCCUUGGAUUCGUUUCGCAAAGGGAGACAUCUUGGCUAAACACUGACACAAUCUACAAAUACCACUUCCAAUACAAUUUGUAGAAACUCCGACUCCCGUUCAGAAAGAAAUGGGACUUCCCCGAGAGGGGAUUCACUACUUGAUGAUGGCCGAGCCAACUCAUUAAUGAGAGAACUCGGACAAUUAAAGAAAUCAGACAAAGAAUAUAGUUAUUAGUUCUGAAAGUCCAAUUUUCUCCUUUCUACUUUUCUAAAACCUAAACAAAGAGGCGUUAGCCCUGUGCUCCUAUUGUUGAAGCAGCAAUUCCCAAUCUACAGAAAGCCCGUGCCCCAAUCCAGAACAGGAACAGACAAGACAGCGCUAGCGAGGAAUAGCUUUUCAGGCACUAUCCAACAGAUCAGAUCGAUUGGCUUUCAGGAAGGAUAUGUCUCCAGCUCUACGGCACUCUUCACUCGUUGUGGAGCGGGCAGUCUACCUCCUAUAUCGCUCGUUUUCUGGUUGGUAGUGACUCGAGGUGCUGGAUGCGUGUUCAAUGCAGCUCUAUUGUCCCCUUGUCGGUAGUGGCCAUUGAUUGAGCUUCUGCAGUUGGUGGGCGUGGAAAUUCUUCUUUUUCAGUGGAAGUUUCAUAGCUAGCGAGACUAGAAGCAAAGAGCACAGUGCUAGAGCCAACAGGCAUUAAGGAAAAGAGUGCUAUAAGAGCGAAAGUCAAGCACAGUGCGAAGGAAUGCAUUUUCUUUUUAGAAGGGCAGAGAGUGGGGGAGGAAUGAUUCUCUGAAAAAGGGUAGGGUCCAGUUAGCUCGGAAGGUUUGACCCGGUAUAUUUCCCGGAAAUAUUUAGAGAGAAGACUCCAUUCAAAAAAUGCAUCCUUGGUCCUAGGUCUUAUUCAAUUAAACCGAGAAGGGCAGGCAGGUGACGCAAGUGUAAGGUGUGACCCUCGAUCUGUCUGUGAACCGGAAAGGAGGUAUGGUACUCGAAAUCAACUUGUUACUCUGCCUUCCUAUCAACAGGAAAUGGCUUGCAUGGAUCCAAAAAUAAAACGAAAACCAACAACGUUGCAAUGGGGAAGGGCGUAGCUGGUGUAAAACUAAAGCUAUAUCUUUUCUUCUUUGCUUGUAACAAACAGAGCUAUCUAAAGCUUGAAAGUAAGCAACAGAGCUAUCUAUUCCAACGUAUUGGUCCAACUCCACGGUUCCUCUCAUCUUUCUUGUCGGAGAAAGCCUGUCUUCUGAGACAUCCAUUAAUCAAAUUUGAUCAGUAACAAAAAUCGUAUGUAAUGAAAGAAGAGUCAGCCCUUGGGGUGGGGCACGAGGGGGUCCCCUGUAUGCAGGUCGCUACUUAACUUGACAAGCAGUGUUGCUGUGUAAGAGAUUGUGUGGGCGCGGUUCGCGAUCUCUUCUUUCCUUUCCCAACCAAAUAAAGAAAUGCAAAAAACGACUAAUUCUAGACCAGAAGAUCUUCUCAUGUUGGAUAUCAGAAAUAAAAUGGGUGAUCUUUCGGGAGGGAGUGCCAGUAGCACCAGUUCAUCGUCUUUUUUGUCUUGCAAUUCUAGUCUACACUCUCAUAGUCCUUCUUCUUCAGAAGGAUUCAUUUCUUUUGGGACUCCCUCGUCCUCUUCCUCUGUCAAUCAACCAUCGCCAUUAGCAUCCUCUUCCUCUGUCAAUCAACCCUCGCCAUUAGCAUCCUUUUCUGUGAACCAGCCAUCCCCUUCUUCCGUGAAAGGAGUAUUCUUAACGGACAGUGGUACUCCCUCUUCCUCUUCGUCCGUAAAUCGGCCAUCCCCAAACCCGACCGAUGAAAGGGUCGUAGAAUAUCAAGGGGCUAUACGCGAGGAAAUGGCCAAAUUAAUGCCCGGCAGGGAUCACCAAGAGAUUCUAGUUGCAGCCGAACGAAUACAUGGGGGGAGUGCUAAUAUAGGAUUUCUUCGAUCACAGCUCCGGGAUUUAGUAGCAAAUGGCACUGAAAGUGAAGCCUUCAAGUACGGAAUAGCUGAGCUAGCGAAUGAGAAUUUAGCGGCAAAUUUCGCUGCGAUGCAUUUAGCGGAGAGUCCUUUGGAUCAAUUUGGCAUUCACCCUCUCGCUCUCGCUCUCGGUCUCGGUUUGUUCCUAUUUCUAGUUUUUUUUUUCUUGCGCUGCGGGAAGUAUGGAAAAACAGGACGAGAGCAGCAUAAUCGUUAGUUAGGGGUAAGAGGGGAAUCUUAUGUCCAUAUUAUCUAAAAAAAUAUAUGAGUGUUAAGCUUGUGCGCGUUGUUAUUUGUUGUUUAUGUGAGGCUGCAUGCGCUUGUUAUUUGUUGUUUAUGUGAGGCUGCAUGCGAAUGAUUAACUCGUGUCUUUAUGUCCAUGUGAGAAGGCUAAUAAAUUAUCUCUUUUCUUUGGUCCGGGAAAAAGGAAGUAAGACCCUCGAGACGAGAACUACAUAUGGUCUGAUACUGACUUCCUUGAAAAGAGGAAGACAAGUUAUGUAGGCAGUAGCCGUUCCAGAAAUGCAGCGGUACCACAAGUGCUCAUUCAUUGGUCCAACCUAGAAGCUACUUGGGAAGACUAUGAAUUGAUUGCAAGUAAGUAUCAUGGACAAGGAGGAUUUUUAGGAGAAAGGAGAUCCUCUCUCAACCCAAUAGAUGCAAUGUAGGAAGACUAGUAUCUUUAGUCCAUGGGUGUAACACCAUAAGAUGGGAUUGAUGGUAAUCUAUCAUAAAUCGUUUCCCUUUUUGUCUAGAUGACGUCCCCACGGUGUCUAUAAUUUAUGUCAACCAAUAAGAAAUACCCGAAAGAAGAUGCGUAGGCCUUCAAUCAUGGUGCAAUGAAUAUCGUAGAUAGAGUGAUGGAAGAAGUUCGAUCUCAUAUAGCUAGCUGGAGUCUUUCUUUUCAAAUCAAAGUGAAACGAUUUUCCUUUUACGUUGAGAUAUUUGAAUUGGAUUUUCUUUCACCACUACUAUCGUAACGCACAGAAAACACUGACGUUUCCGCUCGCUUUCAACCACUGCCACUUUACCUGAGCACUGUGACGCAGUCGGUCAAGUAUUGAGGCUAGUAUAUCAAGGACUUAUGAGAACUGAAAAGAAAAAAACUAGGCAAAGGAAUUCUCAAAGUUCAUUGAGUUAAGGGAGGACCAUUCGUGGGGGGUUCGUGGAAGAGUUGGGUUCGAUUCCCUUUAUACGCGAUGUGGCGAAAAAGACUGAUUCAACGAAAUAUGCCUGCAUUAAGAUUUAAAACGUGCCGUCUACUUCCAGGAAAUGUUCGGAACAGAGAACUUUCUCUAAUCCAACGCCGCAUUCUCCGAAGAUUGAGGAACAAGAGGAGAUCCAUUAAAAGAAAUCUUUCUCAGAGAGAAAAUCUAAACAGUAACAUCAAAUCACAAACUACACGAAAGUUGUCCCUUUAUUAUGGGGAUUUACCCAUAAGGGAGAUGCACAGAGGAAGAGAACGAACUUCAUAUAUCCCUUUUUUACUCAAUCAAGAAACAAGAUCGGACGUGAUUCCGGUUCGUCUCCGUUUUAGUGACACUCUUCCUCAAGCAAGGCAGCCGAUAAGUCAUCGAAGGGUUUGUUUGAAUAAUGGACUGGUAACCAUUACUCAUUUUAAAGUUUCCCAUGGUGAUCUAAUAUCUUUUAAAGAAAAUGACGCGAGAACCCGCGGUGAAGAAAUAAGGAGAUCUUUCUAUAUCGACAUAUCAGUUGGAAAAAUCAUAGGCAAAUUCCUACCGGUCAGAAUCUGGAGAAGAACAAAAACAGAAUGGUUCCGCUUACUCACAACUCAGAGGGGAUGCCGCUUACUACUAAAAUCCGGGUUUUUGCAAGAGUUGCGUUCUUAUAUGCAAGAAGAAGACUUAGAAAGAACAAAGAAGUUUGGAUCCGCAAAAGUAUGCUUAGGCAGUUCCUUCGCUGAGCACAACAGAAUGAAGAGGAAUUUGUUUCAUUUCAAAUACUUCUUCUUAUGGAAAAGAAGGAAGGAGGAAGAGGAAGGGGUAGAGGAGAUCCUCAAAGUUAUCGAGGAAAACGAAAACCGAAAAAGAGCAAUAAGCCCUUUUGUUUACACAAACAAAUUAUAUAGAAAUUCGACCUAUUGCUCCGGAUCCCCGUUUACUAUUACUAGGAAGAUAAGAAUCAAAAGGAUCGAACUACCUACUCAUUAUUCGGAGGUGAAUCAUAGAACACUAAAAGCUGUGGUAUCUUAUGGACCUAACAUAGGUCACAUCCCUCACGACAUAAGAUUGAAAGAUCCAAACCUUCCUCUUCGGAGCGGAAACGGACGUGGCCAAAACAUAUAAAAAAAGAUCGGCCUAGUCGCUCAUAGGGACAUAUCUAUCCGGAUAGAGGAGAGGAUAGUCUAGAUCAAUUUUUAGAAAAAUCUCUCUCUAUAUAGAAUAGAAUAGAUAGGUAUCUCUGUGGAUAGAGAUAAAGAUAGGGAUCCCUCGAAAUAUAUGGAAAAAGUGCACUUUUUUACUACUACUACUAUUUCUUAUUCUUAGACGAAACAUCGUUUUUUCGAUUUUGACUGAAUUGGUCGGAGCGUAGACGAGCGAGCAGAGCCCAGGAAAGAGGUCAGAUCGUCAUAGAGCAGUCGACUAUAAGUAUAAGACUGCUGGCCUGAGAGAAGGCAGUCUCUCUCGGGAAACAUGGCCCAGGGUUCUAUAGUAUAGUAUAGUAGCCAGACUAUAGGAAAAUCAAGUCUCAUGUUGCUCCUCAGAAAACGCGUAUAGUAUAUAGUAUAUAGUAUAUAGUAUAUAGUAUAUAGUAUAUAGUAUAUAGUAGUAGUAGUAUCAUUGGCCAAAGUAAAGUCGAUGGGACAAACGCUGUUCGUUAGAACUAGCAUUUUGUUUUGUCAUGGAAUCAAGUCUAUUUGUUCGAAUGUUCUUUUUUUCGUUUCGUUGGAAAAACCAACGCCGACGUCAAGAAUGGAUCAGUCUAGUCUCCUUUCUCUUUUGGGAGCAGAGCUGAAAAAGAUGGAAUUGUCAAGUACGAUGAUAUUUUUAUUAACGGAUAGAAAAAUGCUAUUAUCAAGUAGUAAACCCAUUAUGAUUGCAACUCGUGGGAUGCCUGGAAUCCCACUAAAUCGAGAAUCGGAAUCGGUGGAGGAUGUGCAUAGGGUACUCCGAGCCCUCCCCUUAUUUAGAGAAAUGGAAGGUAUCUUGCGUGAGAGGAACCUGAAUCUCCCGUCAGUACAGGAAAUAAGCGCUUUCCGUGUGAAUCUAUUCUCUGGUAUCCGGCGUGAGAGUGCGAUUGCGGACUACGACGCUUUUUGGCGCUCCUUACUCGAGGAGAUUCACACACCUCAGGGACGUAGUUGUUUUGGUCAGAGAAUACAAGAUCUGCACGCCCGAAUGUCUGCCGAGGGCAACUGGGACUACUUGAUUGCCCAACAAGGCAGAGGGUAUUUUGGUAACCUACCUAAUCUCAACAGCCCGUUGGAUCAAUAUCAAUUUGGAAUUCACCCAAUUCUGGAUCUGAAUAUUGGUGAGUACUAUGUCUCAUUCACAAAUCUAUCCUUGUCUAUGUCUAUGCUACUCACUCUCGGUUUGGUCUUACUUCUGACCAAAGUAUUUAUGGAAUCGUCCGGCCAGAAACGGGGAAGAGCCCAUGCUGUCGUAGAGGCCUCGUCGAGUGCUUCCGCUACGCCUAAUUCUGAGGAUGAUGAUAAGCGGAAAAAAGUGUCCCGCCAAGACGCCAAUGGCAAAGAGUCAGAGCCGCCCAUAAAUGGGGCGCAACCUGAAGUACCAUCCAUUGCGUUCUUAAAGAAAAGAAUUAAAACAGUUCUAAGGUCCUGUCGAGAUAGGAACCCUAGGGAGAGCACAUUACGCUCUACUUACGAGGAUCUUCACCUUGAAACGGCGAGCGCCGAGAAGCGGGUAAAAAUCGCCCAGGCCCUAGAAAAUCUGUACAGGCGAAGCCAAUAUUUCCGGAGUAACAAAAGGCAGCAGCCCCAUACCGACUUGAUUAUUCAAAUCUGCGAUUGGGAGCGUACGAAGAGGUAAAGAAAUUCACUGGUGUAGGCAUAGGAAACCGAGGCCCCCCAAACCCAUCUACUAUACGGUUGAGGUGAGGGGGGGAAAGAAGAGUGGGCAUGUGGGCUUCUUUCACU